AGGUUUAUUGCGCUAAUCCAUCGCUGUAUAACACGCCAUUUCUUUAGGAGUGCACAAACGGCAUCGUUUGUCAAAAAUAAGCGAAAGACAAGAAAUGCAUACAUUUAUCUUUAAUAUAAAUCCAGCAUCUCCUAAUACUCAUAAUUCCCAACGCAACCUGAACUUAUUGAGGGUUCGUCUUGGUUUAUAUACGGAUUCACGGUGAUUUCAUCAACCCAUUCUUCUCUGUCUCAAUGCAUGAUAAAUAUAGCCCGAGGCUCUACUAAUAGCGGACACGAGCGCUGCUCUGUGAGCGUAGUCGUGAUGUCAGUGGGUUUUAGGUGCCCCCUCAGGAUGCCUGAGUAGUUGCGCUCGCCGCCAAUGAGCGUCUCCAGUGUGAAUGUCCUUCAUUUCUCUGUCUGGCUAGAGAACUUGCCAUCACGGAUCCUAAUCUGGAUUUAAACAGGAAAGAAAAGCGCCUCUCCGGUUCGCCGCUGCCUCUCAGUCGCGUCUGAAACAACUUUAACCGCGCGCGACAUGGAGUGCCGAGUGCUGUCGAUUCAGAGUCACGUCGUGAGAGGAUACGUGGGAAACAAAUCCGCAUCCUUCCCGUUACAGGUGAGCGCCGUUCACCCGAGGCUCGCGACAGCUGGAGCGGCACGGUACACUCGUGAUAAUCGUGCUCGUGCUGGUGCUGGAGGAAGGGAAGGUCACAUGGUCUUGGGGUUUGAGGUGGACUCGAUCAACUCUGUUCAGUUCUCCAACCACACAGGGUACUCUCACUGGAAGGGACAGGUCUUGACUGCAGAUGAGCUUCACGUCCUGUAUGAAGGGAUCAAACUCAACAACGUCAACCACUACGACUAUGUACUUACAGGUUACACUAGAGAUACAUCGUUUCUGGAGAUGGUGGUUGACAUUGUUCAAGAGCUGAAGAGGGCCAAUCCUAACCUUGUAUAUGUUUGUGACCCUGUCUUAGGUGACCAUGGCUCAAUGUAUGUUCCUCAGAAUCUCCAUCCCGUGUACAAGAAUAAAGUGGUGCCUGUGGCCGAUAUCAUCACGCCCAACCAGUUUGAGGCUGAGUUGUUGACAGGGAAGAAUAUCAGUACGGAGAAAGAUGCUGUUGAGGUGAUGGACCUGCUGCAUAAGAUGGGUCCAGACACCGUGGUCAUCACCAGCUCUGAUCUGCCCCCUCGUCUCGGAGACAGAUUCCUGGUGUCUUUUGGCAGUAAGCGCAUUUUGAUGCCUGACGGUACAAGGACGACCCAGCGGAUCCGAAUAGAGGUGCCGAAGGUGGAUGCGGUGUUUGUGGGGACCGGGGAUCUAUUUGCUGCUAUGCUGUUGGCCUGGACUCACCAUUACCCCACAGACCUGAAGACGGCAUGUGAGAAGACCUUCUCUGUUAUGCACCAUGUCAUUCGGAGGACUAUAUCUUAUGCCCACGAGAUGGCAGGUCCUGGUAGAAGACCCAGCCCGGCCCAGCUGGAGUUACGGAUGGUCCAGAGUAAAGCUGACAUAGAGGAUCCAACCAUAGUCAUGGAGGCCACUGUUAUAUAGAGCCGCCACACGCCACAUCUCAUCCACACAUCUCACCCUCGGCUCACAACUGCACAAUGUAUAGAUGUUGUACAUUUUGAUAUGUAAUGUGACAUUGCCUUAGAAUCUCAGCCAGAGCACAACAGUUCCAUUUCAGGAGAUUCAGCAGGGUACAGCAGAAACAAGCGAGAGGGAGAGAGCCGUCGCGCUCUGAGAGGGUGUAACGCAGAGAAAAGAGAAGGGAAGAGGAGAGUGGGAGAGAUGAUCAGCCCUCUCUCAUUCACACGAUUUUGUGCAUCUUCACCAUCUCUGUCUCUCUCUUUCUCUCGAAGCUCCUCAAGAGCUCCGGUUCGUCCUGCACAUAAAGCCCAGUCACUGACGUUUCCAGACCAGGUCAGUUAUGGAACUAAACUGCCAUUGAUCUAGUGAGGACCAAAAUGUAAAAAAAAAUAAUAAUAAAACGACAUUAAUAUAGGUGUGAUGCUUUCUAUGCUCUAUGAUUUUGAGUCAGAGCAGUUCAGCAACAAAACCUAGAUGGCUGAGUCUCACAAAAACUGUCUAAGAAAUGCCUGAGUCAUAUUUCGGCCUGAAUCAAAAGAUCAAAAUAAGAUUUUUAUUGCAUAAAGGAAAAAGAAGGAUAUUAUUAGGACCAUUAAGAUUUUAUGUAUUAGGCUAUUAUUAUUUUUUUAUUAUUAUUGUAUUCUUUUUCCCAGUUCUCUGUUGCUCUCUGCAAUUGGAACAAUUAUCAUCUUUUAUAUCUUAUUUUUUAAUUAUAUAAACUUUUAUAAAAGUAUAUUUAAUUUUAAUUAUAUAUUAGUGCCGUCAGAUCAAUUAAUCGCACAUUUAGAAACUUUUAUUUUGGAUGCCCUAUUUUAUAUGUAUAUUCUUUCCUAUUUAUUAUUAUUUUCUAUAUAGUUUUUUUUUUUUUUUUUUUUUCAAAUUAUUGUCGCCAGAUGAUUUUAAUAACUGCAUUACAUUUUAAUUAGAUUUUUUUUUUUCAGUGAUAAAAUGUGAUUAUUUGUCACAAUACAAACAAUGUUGGUCCUAAACAUAAAUUUUCUUCAUUCAAAAUAAUUUUCUUUAUGCAAAAUAUAAUUCUCUGUUUUUAUCUUUAGAUUUGGGAGUUUCGUUUGGCUUUGACUUUUUUUUAGUUUGGGUGAGAUUUACCCAGAAAGCUUUGCUCUCUGCGGUUCUUGAUAAGAUACCUGUAUCUGGAAAAGAUAUGCUGUAGCCAACCUCAAAAAUGAACAAGUUGUUAAAAGUGUAUUUCAGACCCAAAGCACUCAUUUGUGUGAGAGUCCAACUUGUGUCUAAAAUGUGUGUUUUAUUGUUUAUUUUUUGUGACUAUAUUCUCCUGAAAAGGGAGAUUUUACUGAAGAGAUGCGCUGCUGUAUUUUGUGACUUGUUGAUGUUUUUGGUGAGAUAGACUGUACUCAUUUUUGGCCUUGCUCACGUGUAUAUGAUUUAAUUCUCGUUCCAUUGAUUUCAUUUUACAUCCAGCAUUUACAAAUGCAGAAGUUCGAGCAUUUCACUUCAUGUUUGUUUGUCAGUGUAACUAACAUUAUCAUCUCAUUUGCUUUGAACUGAUUGUAUUUGCAUUGAUAAUCUACUUGUUUGUACAAGCAGAAGAAACUUUAAAAGUAGUUUUAACUUUUUAUUUGAUAGUAUUUUCAUAUCUUAAAAGGAAAAGACUUGAAGUCUGAAGUACUGGGGAACUUCUUAAAAUGCCUUGAUUAACAGUAGCUGUGUAUGUGUGCUGUCUGGGACCUGCGCCUGCUUCUCUCUCACUGCGGCAGAGAACAUGGCGCCUUCUGGUUACAAUGCUGUGGAAGAUAAUAAAAGGCAGAUGAGUUAUA